AUGCCCGUUCCGCUCACUGGGAUAAAGGCUAUGUUUUAUUUGGAAGACAUUGGUGACUCAGCUUUUGCAGUCAUUUCUCCUGGAGAGUCGGCUAUUGUCAAGCAUGAACUGUCGACGCUCUUUGCCUUUGCCUCCGCUGUUCCAGGAACGCUCACGUUCAUGUCUGUUACGAUGUUCAAAAUGGAUGGUACCGAAGCUGGAUUCGCCAAUGCGAGCCUUGACAGGAUUUCAGUGUCGUCCAGCAUGAAAGCAAAUAGUGACUCACGACGUGACCUCUGGUGGAGUGACAAAUUCAGUGAAGUUUCCUGUGAAUGCGAACAAGACAAUGAGACGAAUGUUGCAUAA